UAAAAUCCGGCACUCAUGGAGCGUUGUGACUCGAUGGAUGCGGUUGCCUCUCAGUACUGCCCAAGACAGAGCRAAGCACACGGCGAACUUCUGCCAUUGUUACAAUUGCAACGAGAAAGGCAGUUGUAUUACACAAGUUUCCCCAAAGCCAGUGUUAUUGACCGGGCCUUGAAGAUGUUCACAAGCGAUAACUCGCUUUCUAUACAUUCAGACCGUUAUCCCAGUAGAGUGUACUCCCACACUAUUGAGGCGAUGCAACUUUCCCACGUCAAAGGCCAACAGGUCUUAAGAGAAAAAUCGGUCCCAAGUGAACAGAGUCUUGCGAUGGAAAAGGGGCCCACAGAGCCGGAACACGGCAGUACAGGGGAGAAGGAUGGAUCCAAGGUACUUCUAGAACGAGAUCGACAAGCUAGCAACCGUAGCUUUGCUAUAGUAGAAAGUAGAAUGGCUGAAUUAGAUGACAUUCAACGAUCAAUGGAAGAGAGUGAAGAUGUGAGUUUUGAAGAGCAAAAAUACCGGCCAAGAAAGUCGUUAGGCUUCGAUGGUGAUCAGGAAAAACAUUGCGAUCCUCCGUCCUUCGUCCAAACUUCUCGAAUCCCAAAGCAAGAGUCCCCUUCAGAAUCAGAGCACGGCAGUUACCUCAAUUCAAGCCCCAAUGUAGACAGAAUAUCAUCACACGAGUGGACGUUUGAGGAGCAAUUUAAACAGCUGUACGAGUUGGGCGACGAAGUCGACAGAAAGGCAUUCCUGGAUGAGUUGUUUACCUUCAUGCAGAAAAGAGGCACGCCAGUAAACAGAGUACCGAUUAUGGCCAAACAGACGUUAGAUUUGUAUAAGUUGUUUCGCUUAGUUGUUGAUAAAGGUGGCUUAGUAGAGGUUAUAAAUAAAAAAAUUUGGAGGGAAAUCAUAAAAGGUCUCAACCUUCCCGCGUCCGUUACUAGUGCAGCGUUUACAUUACGAACACAGUACAUGAAGUAUUUGUACCCUUACGAGUGUUUCAAACGAAAGCUUUCCUCGCCUUCGGAAUUACAAUCCGCCAUAGAUGGUAAUAGACGAGACAGUAGACGGACGUACGGGGCAUUUGGUUCCCCUGGAGGUUCCAUAGAUGGCGGGUACGGGAGAGGGAGCCCGCCUUCAGUUUCGAUGGGAUAUACUAAUCAUUCUCCUGUACUCAGACCCAGUCCAGGACCUUCGCCUACCGGGGAUGAGGGUCACCUCCCCGGUGGYGUGCAUGGUAACAACGGAGUCGCACUUCUUCACUCACCUGGUGUUGUCCACCGAGCGUCUACCGAAAGUAGCGGAAAGCGAUCGCACAGCCCCGACAUGGCUUCGCGUAUCUCCGCGUCUGAUUCCUCCCCUUCGAGUUCUCCCGUUAAAAAGUUUGCUAGCGGAAUUGAACGAGAUGGGAGACCGCAUCACAACUUACCGUGGACUCACAUCAAGAUACAAACCCCGCCGAAAGGGUACACCCUCUCAAGUCAAGGCCAAUAUCAAGAACCUAGCUCUCCUAGGACUCGAGAGACAAGACAGCUACCUCUAACAUUACUGGACCAAGUUAGCGAUAACUCUCUCCUUGUAUCUGUUGAACUCAAUGGAGUCGCAUAUCAAGGAGUUUUAUUUGCAAGACCAGGACGUCAGACCACUUCAGCUGAGCAAUAGCAAUCCUUUGGUUUUCCUGUAGAAGAGGUUUGGUUUUCCUGUAGAAGAGGUUUGGUAUCUAACUUUUCCUUGAAACACACUUUGCACUCUUUGCUCACUUCUGAAAAAAUUCUAAUUUUCUCAAUUUUUAUUUUUCCUAAAACAACUCUUCUAUUUAUGAGUAAUUUUAAAGGACUUUUUCAAAUAUGUUUUUUAUUGCUCAAGAAAAGCCAAAUAUGUUUUUUAUUGCUCAAGAAAAGCCUUGAUAAUAGUUCCUUUUACCUUGGACAUAAUGCUUCCCCUUUCAGACCACAUGUCAUUCCACAGUGUACCAUUUAUUUGUUUAAUGAUUGUGCAUAGGAAGAGAAAUAAAUAUGGAUACAUCUCAAAAGAUCUUAUCCUGAAGGGAAUGGCAAGUGGUCUAAAAUGGGUGAACCUUAUGCUCAAGGUGCCGAAGUCUAUUGCAAUCUAUUAAUGUUGAGUUCACAAAACACCCAGAUUCCAGAUGGAGAUUCAGACUGGUUUCUACCACAACAUUUUUACCACAAACUGUAUGUAUUAGCUUUUCCAAGGUUGAGGGGAAAAUGAAGUCAAGUUGGUAUUGCAGUGUUAUUGUGGGACUGUUUUUGGGAAGGGCCAUGUUCCAAGAUGGCAUCUAUUUCAUUUAAAACAGUUCCACUGAAUUGCCAACUCUACCCAUUUUUUUUUUUUUUUUUUUCAACCUGGCUUAUUUACCCAACUCGUAUUUCAAUAUAUGCAUGCAGAUUUCUGCAAAGCUGAGCUUUAUCAUCCUUUGACAUUCUGAAAAUAAUCAGACUUUUCUGGACGUACAUCUGAUAUCCACAGUGAUUUUAUAAAUGCUUCGAUUUGUUCAUGCAUUUAUUUAUGAAUAAUUAAAUUAGUUAAUCAUAUUUUAGUUUACAGAUUCCUUAAUUGAUUAAUGAAUUCAUUGAAAUAUUGAACUUUAACAUUCAAAUUCCAUAGACGAUGGAUUCAACUUAGAUUGUUUAACUCUUAAUUUCUGUUUAUAUAGUAUAUCAUUUAUUGUUAUUUACUUCUCUGAAAUCUAAUACGACUAUUUAUUUAUGACUGUGUAACUUCCAAAGUGAAGAAAGAAAGGAACUUCCAAGUUAUAAGAGAAAGAAACUCAAAGAAAUGUUCAAAAUUUUGUACAAAAUUCUCUCAGAAAAUCUAAUAUAUUACAUAAGUAUUGCUACAGUAGUAUGGCUUGAAUCUUUAGUGGCCUUCAAGCUAAUAGUGCAAGGUGUGCAAUGAUAGGCUUUAGCUCAUUGAAUUCCAUCAAAUACUUAACAGUAGUUUAUGGGAAUUAAAACGUCCUCAAAACAAUGGCAUGCUAUAUAUAUCCAGUUUGAUAUUGAAAAUGAAAUAGCCGCUACCCUGCGAUAAAAUACAAGAUAAUCCUAGCUAAUCCUAUUUUCUCUUGGAUAUAUCACAAGUAGGGGCAACUGGAAAAAUCUGCAGAGUAUGGGCAAUUGGCAUCUGAAUCGCAAAGAUAAUACUUUUCCUUCAACCUCAGUAGUUGGGAUUUUUUCUAACGUGGUUAGUCAAAAAUGUUAAAGGUACAGACUGAUUAAUUUGGAUUAAAAUAUCAGUAUGCAGCUUGCAGCUAUGAGGUCAGGUUGAAAACUGCUACAGUCACAGAACAAAACCCUGUUGAGUUGACAUUUCAAAGUUGUUUCCAGACCUUCAACCUUUUACCUGUGGCUGUAGCAAAUGGACAGUAGAUUUAUUUCCAAAAAAAGCACUAGAUAAAUAAGUUUUAUAUUUGCCAGUUAUAAUCCAAACCUUGCGAAGUAUUAAAAAGUUAUCGCAUAUAGCAGAGUUAUAAAAGAUAUCUAUGCAAUAAUUAUAUUAUUAUCACUAUAAAUAACUUGUAUCAUUACGGCUAUUUUAUUCUGAAAAAGAAUUGCCUUGUUUGUUGAAUGUAUUAUAUUCUAUGCACUGAAAAACCUUUUAUAUUUACAUAGUGUAUCUAAUUUUCAAAAUCCAAUUAACAGUUUUCUUAAUUUAUUAUUACUUAUACAUUUCAGAUAGAUCUGUGAAUAUGCUUCAUUGCUUUAUAUAUAGAAUUUGGCAUGAAGUAAAAGAUAACGGUGUUGACUAUAACACCCAAGUAGUGAUUUACGACCAUUUCAAAGAUAAUYGAGAGAAUUAAAAACAAUGCAGCCGAUGUUGAUGUUAGUGUAUAUAUAAGAAAUCACAUCCUACUGUACUAUUUCCGUUUGUUUCCAUCAAUUGAAUAUUUGYGAUUCUGACUUUCUUUUUGAAUGAUGGAAGCCCACACCUAUACUAUGAAGUUCCAAUUUCAUUCAAGUUAGCCAUGCCUGGGCAUAGUUCAACCCACAUAAUAUUUCAUGGUUCGAUAACCUUGGUGUUUUUUAACGAAACAAAUAACCAAACGAAGUAUCCAAUAUUCUACUGUACACACCCAGCUAAUUAAGUUCAUAGAUGUUUUAACACCCAAGUCUCAGGUCAUCAAGUCUAAAUGGCCUCAAUUUUGAUCAAUUUUCUUAACCUCACAUGCAGUCUUAAAUGAUUCUGGGUUGGCUUUGGCAUUGCAUAUAUAUUGAUAGUAAAGAAGGGACAACUAGCUAUGUAUUUGAAUGUUGCACAAUGCAAGUCGCAACUGCUUACAAAAUUUUUCUUUUACACAUGAAACUAUUUUGCAGAUACAAUUUGAUUAUAUUUUUGCAAAGAACCAAGAAAUCAUAAAUAGUGUUGUGAGAURAUACACUAAAUUGUUUGGUUAUAAACAGUAUUGUCCAGUACUAUAUCUAGCUUACAAGUUGAAAAUUAUUUGCUAAACUUCAUGUGCAACUCAGAAUAUUUUACAUGUAUCUUACUCAGGCAUUAAUUGACAGUUAUACACUGGAUCAGAAUAUGAUGACCCAUUUGAAUAACUUUGUUCUAAAAUGACUAGCAUCUCUUACAUGUGAAAACAUGUUUGUGUUUCCUCGUGAACACGAGACUUGUAAGUCCAAAAGAAUAUUUUUUCAAAUUGGUUGCCAUAUUUCGAUUUGAAGUAUACUUAAGGCUUUUGGCAAGCUAUGGGUCCACUUAGUUUGGAUGUGAUGUUUUUCAUUCUAUAUAGUUUUAGAAAUAAGAGUAUUUUGUACCAGUAUGAGUAAGCAAUAUGAGGUGCUAUAAUGACUCCUUUUUUCGAUUUAAUGCAAACUCAGUGGUUGCGAGUUGCCUGUUGAAAUUUGGUUUUUACUGCUGCUCGUCAAAAAUAURAAAGGUAUUGAAUGAUUAUUUUUGAUUGACAGAACAGAGAAAACAAAUGUCAGCAUGCAGCUUGUUAGAGAUAGGAUAAAUACUCAAGAGAAUGUCAUGUCCUUAAUGACAUGUAAUGGGAAAACAUCAUGUUCAAACUAAAUGCUAUAUUUUCAUACAAAUAUGCUGCAAAACUAUUGAAAUCUUUGAGGCAAUGACACAAUCAAGUUGGCUCUUAAAAUCCACACAAACCUGUGAAAAAGUGCAGAGUAGCACUAUUGCACUAUUUAAGACURUUAACUUUGAAUACUUUUUCAUGGGUUUGUGCACACUUAUAAAGUAGUGGUACCUUUUAUGUAGGUUUAUGCUAAUUUAACUUUUCUAAAUUUAAUUUAAARUUAUCUCCUAACCUUUUUACUACCUUUACAUUUAGCAUACUUUUUAAUCAUUUAUUUUAAGUCUUCAUAUCCAUACUGAAGGGCUACAAAUUGGAUCUAGMUGAAAUGUAACUUGAAGUACGAGUAUGCAUGCCUUUUGAUGUGAUCUACCUUCAGUGUUCCCUAGUUAACCUUUGUGUUAUAUUCAUGUAGAAAUAUUAUUUCUUUAGUGAAGGUCAAGUUUAAGUUACAGAUUGUACACAAAUUGUCAAGCCUUUUAAUAAAAAAAUUGUGUUUAUUUACA